AUGGCACCUCAGUUGGAACCGUUCUUCAAGCAGGUGGACAACUCCAAAGACGCAUUUAUCGACCGUCUGCGGAAAGCUGUUGCAAUCCCAUCGAUUUCUGCGCAAGAUGAGUGCCGCAAAGAUGUCGUCCGAAUGGCCCAAUUUCUGGCCAGUGAACUUGAGGCCCUUGGUGCUGAAGUGCACCAGAGACCGCUAGGUAAACAGCCUGGCAAGGAACAUCUCGAUCUCCCUCCUGUCGUUAUUGCACGAUACGGAAAUGACAAGAAUAAGCGUACGAUCUUGGUCUACGGCCACUAUGACGUGCAGCCCGCCCUGAAGGAGGAUGGCUGGGCUACUGAGCCAUUCGAGCUGACUAUCGAUGAGAAGGAUCGGAUGUACGGCCGUGGAUCUACGGAUGACAAGGGGCCUGUUCUCGGCUGGUUGAAUGUUAUCGAAGCUCACCAAAAGGCUGGCGUAGAGUUCCCUGUGAACUUGUUGUGCUGUUUUGAGGGAAUGGAGGAGUACGGCUCCGAAGGUCUCGAUGAAUUCAUCCAAGCAGAGGCUAAGGGGUUCUUCAAAGAUGCGGACGCUGUCUGUAUCUCUGAUAACUAUUGGCUUGGCACAGAAAAGCCAUGUCUCACUUAUGGCCUUCGCGGCUGCAAUUAUUACUCUAUCAGUGUCUCGGGCCCUGCCCAGGAUCUUCACAGCGGUGUCUUCGGUGGCUCCGCACAUGAGCCUAUGACAGAUCUGGUCAAUGUUCUGUCGAAGCUGGUCGAUGCUCAGGGAAACAUUCUAAUUCCUGGCAUCAUGGAUCUCGUUGAGCCCGUUACUGAGGAGGAGAAGUCCCUUUAUGGCAAUAUCAGCUACACCAUGGAGAACCUGCACGAGUCACUGGGCACCAAGGUGAUUGGUAAAUUCUCCAUCCGAACCGUACCCAACAUGGAGAGCCCGGAUGUGAACAAGCUGGUCUUUGACUAUGUCAAGGCCGAGUUUGCCAAGCUCAACAGCAAAAACAAAUUAGAUGUUUGGCUGCAACAUGACGGAAAAUGGUGGGUUGCCAGCCCGAAGCACUGGAACUUUUCCGCCGCUAGCAAGGCUGUGGAGCAGGUCUUUGGCGUGGCUCCUGAUUUCACCCGCGAAGGUGGAAGCAAGCCACUGGAAAGAAUGUUCUCCUUCUCCCCUAUGGGAAGUUCGACCGAUGCUGCCCACUCUGUCAACGAGAAGUUGGACAAGAGAAACUAUAUCGAAGGUACCAAACUUUUGGGAGCUUAUCUCCACUACGUGGCGGAGGAACCGAUUGCAAGCUAG